UACAACCUCAACUUCAUUCGCUCAUUUGGGACACGCUCAGCCAUGUCUUUUGCAAUCGAAGUGCCCGGGGAGGCAGCUCCUCUCACGCCGCAGCAGGUCUAUUUAGCCCUCCAGUCUGCCAGCUCUUCCCAACAGCUCAGCAUCCAGACUGGCACGCAACAGCUUCAGACAUGGGAGACACAGAGGGGAUACUACCCUCUGUUGCAAGCAGUCUACCUCGACAAGACCUUGCCCUCUGAAAUCCGAUACCUAGCCAUUAUCCAACUGAAAAAUGGCAUCGACAAAUACUGGCGAAAAACUGCUACGAACGCUAUCCAACCGGAAGAAAAGGCUCAGAUGCGUUCACAAUUACUGGAUGGCGGAAUAAGAGAGGUCGAAACAAAUCUUGCUCUGCAAAAUGCCCUGGUCGUGGCCAAGGUUGUUCGCAUUGACUAUCCCUUGGAUUGGCCCGACGUUCUGACGAGUUUGAUCAAAAUCCUGCGAACCGUCAACCAUACAAAUCAAUUACAACUACGAAGGGGCAUGUUAAUCUUGCUGCAAGUAAUCAAGGAAUUGUCCACGGCGCGGUUACGCACUUCCCAGAUCCGUCUACAAUCUGUUGCACCUGAGAUCGUCUUCCUACUGAAUGAAAUUUAUACAGAGAAAGUUGCAACUUGGGUCGGGUUCUUCAAUGGGAAUGGAGAUGAUGAAGGAGGAGCUAUGGACGCCAUGGAAAAUAGCUUGUUUGCUAUCAAGAUUCUUCGAAGGCUUCUAAUUGCUGGCUAUGAGUAUCCCAAUCACUCAAAGGACGUUCAGCAGCUAUGGGAACACUCUCAACAUCAGUUUGGACAAUUUCUGGACAUGGUCUCACAUGACCCCCCGGUAUUGGUAUCCCCCGCAAAGGACUUGGUGGAGAAACAUCUAGUCCAGUUCUCAAAGCUACAUGCUCAGAUGGCUAACUCUCAUCCUGCGGCGUUUGCGCUUUUACCCAGCUCCUUGGAUCUGGUGCGAGCAUACUGGGGUCUAGUGGCCAAGUUUGGACAGUUAUAUGGAUCUGAAAGCCAGGAUUUCAGCUCCAAAACUCGAAGAGAUGACACGGACAAAGAUGAGAGACCAGUUAUGGAGAAGCUCUGCUUGAAGGGUCUGAAUAUCUUGCGAGCUUGCUUAAAGAUGGUCUUCAGCCCAGUGCAGUCGUUCAAGUACAAGACGCCUGAAGUCAAAGUAGAACAACAAGAGGCUGUGGCGUUAGUCAAGACGCAGCUUCUCACUGAUGAGCUCGUUGGUCAGGUGGCAAGCGUGAUCGUGACAAAGUUUUUCGUCUUCCGCCAAGUUGAUCUAGAAGCUUGGGAAGAAGAUGCAGACGAAUGGGAGGUCAGAGAGGAAGGUGGUGGUGAUACUUGGGAAUUCGAAGUCAGACCAUGCUCAGAAAAACUGUUCAUGGACCUCGUCAUAAACUUCAAGCAUCUCUUGGUCCAGCCCCUGCUCUCGUUCUUCCAGUCUGUGGCAAGGACCAAUGAAAGCACGGUGGUCACCAAGGAUGCUGUCUACACUGCAAUGGGUCUUUCGGCACCUGUUGUAUUCCAAAGUUUCGAUUUCGAUUCGUUCCUCAGGUCAACUCUGGUCAACGACGUUCAGCAGACAGGUCCUGGAUACAAGGUACUGCGUCGAAGAAUCGCGAUUCUUCUCGGUCAGUGGAUUACAAUCAAAGUUUCUGAGGAGAACCGACCACUUGUGUACCAGAUUUUCCAGCACCUGUUGGAGAGGGAAGAUGAGACGAAUGAUCAUGUGGUUCGUAUCACCGCUGCGCGACAAUUCAAAGCUGUUUGCGAUGACUUCAGCUUUGACCCCGAUGGGUUUCUUCCAUAUGCUCAAGAUAUCUUACAUAAGCUUCUGCAGUUAAUGGAGGAGGUGACCACUGAAAUCAGGAUGCCGAUUCUUGACACAAUCAGAGCUAUCGCUGUGCGCCUGGAGCAUCGAAUCUCUCAAUUCGCCGACGAGAUUGUUUCGAUACUACCAUCCCUCUGGGAAAGCUCUGGCGAAGAGCAUCUUAUCAAGCAGGCUAUUCUCACCCUCAUGUCAACAUUAGUGACAGCCAUGAAGGAACAGGCUCAGAGGUACCACGCAAUGAUUCUACCCCUUAUUCAGCGAGCCGUCGAGCCAGGUUCGGAGAUGCAGGUUUACCUCAUGGAAGAAGCACUAGAUCUGUGGUUGACCAUCCUCACUCAGACGCCGUCCCCUGCCAGUCCUGAGGUGUUAACACUAGCCGAAUGUACAUUUCCUCUACUGGAAAUCGGAUCAGACAACCUUCGAAAUGUCCUGAAUAUAGUUGAUUCCUAUAUUCUGCUUGCUCCAGAAGCUAUGCUAGACAAUGCUGUCCGACCAAGACUCUUCGCUUAUAUGACAAAUUUGCUUGGGGUUAGCAAGAGGGAGCUUGCUGGUCUGGUUACUGCAAUUGUCGAGAACAUGGUUCGGACAGCUGAGGCAUUAGGAGGCUCGAACGGUGUUACACAGGUCGCUAAAGAUCUCCAUGAAAGCGGCUAUACCGAAAAGAUUUUCGAAGGUCUCCGAGAUGCCUGGGAAGCACAUCAAACAAUUGGACCUGGUAGGAGAUACCCUAAGCUUGACGAUGUUGUCGAAACCGACUACUUUACCAUCCUUGCACGCGUAGCACUCGCUGAUCCAUCGGUCUUCGUCACCGUCAUGUCAUCUGUUGGAGAUGUUACUGAAGUCUGGAGAUGGCUCAGCACAGAAUGGUUCCGCCAUUUCGACAGCAUGGCAAAUAUCGAUCGCCAGAAGCUCUCGUGUCUGGCUCUCACUCGUCUUCUCGAAUUAUCACCACCUAUGACACCCAUUAUUCUUGAGCGCUUGCAAGAUUACUUUGCCAUGUGGGCGUCUGUCAUCAGUGAGAUGAUUGGCGGCCGAGAUGAUGGUGGUGAUAACCUCAUUUGGCUUGCCAAUGAAGGAAACGAAUUCGAAGGCCCAGAAGACGUGCGGAGAAGACUUCAUGCUGGCCGUGACCCGGUCCAUACCAUCCAUACGUUUAAUUUCGUGAAGGAAAUAUUGGGACAGAUGGUUAUCAUUUGUGGUGGAGAGGAAGCAUUUCAGAGAGAUUGGGUGGUAAACGUGGAUAAAGAUGUCCUUGCUGGAUUCCAGGACCUGGGGACGAAGAAAAACGACUCAGCGGCUUUUUGGCAGCCACAGGAGUGAGGUUGAUGGAUAUGGAUAAUGGUAGAUGCGAUAGAUGAUUACGAUACCCUUACGAACAUCACGAUUCCCCCUAUUUCACGAAUCACUCCCCCUGGGCGCCAUUGAACCCUCAGUGUCCCAAGUAGCGCAUCCUUUCAAACGCACCUUGACUUUGAAUUCUGGUUUCUCUUCU